AUGCAGGCCGGGUGUUUCGAGAGUCGCAGGAGGGGGAUCGUCAGGCAGUGGCUGUAUGAUUUCAGGAUUUCCGGGGGGGGCUUCCUGACCAGGAAUGGUUGGGAGCUGGCUCGCAGUGGGUCCAGAUCCCACCCCUCGAUCGCCCGCCAUGUGUCAUCAUCCUCCACGAUGUCCUUUGGAGAGCGCUCCUUGCUGGCAGAUUCGUUCGACCGCUGGGCUGGUGAUUCGCCCACCUGCCCAUCCCCUUCAGGAUUAUUUCCUUCUUGUCCUCGGCGUCCGCUACGUCGGCGUCUCCCCUCAUUGCCAGCUGGGAUGCCAUCCUCGGCCUCCACAGACACCUCUUCCGAUUCGGCCUCUUCCUCCUCCAUAUAUUCCGACUCUUCUUCCUCUGCCUGGUCAUUCAUUGGUCCUUCACUCUGCUCCUCUAGCCUCCCGUGCCUUUCCCGCCAGUUUCCCGAUCUGGCUUUUUCCCGUGCUACGGCUCUCGCAAGCUCGCCCACCCAUCCUCCUCUGCCCCGGUCCCUCCCGUGCCCCCUCGUGGCCGUGUUUCCCGCCGCGUUUCGCGGCUGCAGACCUCUCGCCCUUUCUUCCGCCUGCUCUCGUAAGACCCUCUGUCCCGCCGUGAUGACGGGCAAACGUCGCCGUCCCUCCCAUCCGGACCGCGAGGUGGGCUCUGCUGCUCCCAGCCCGUCGAGGGCCCCGGAAGGGCUGGCACCAGUCCUUCUCCGGGCCGCCGCUGCGCUGGUCGAGCACGAGGGGGCCGGGAAGCCCGCCCGGCACCGUGAGCCGAUCUAUCGUUCUCCCUGCGGGCGGACUCAUCCCCACCUCCGGGCCCGCGGUGGUUCGUUCCGUCGCCGCCGUCCGCCUCGUCCUGCCCCCGCCGUCCAGAGGGAGAUUGUGGGCCCCCUGCAACCCCCGCCGCCGUCCUUCUUGCGCCUCGGUGCUUCGUCCGUACUGUCGCCGGCUGUGUCGCUGCAGUUGUCACAGCAGCUGUCGUCUGGCGUCGCUGUGCCCCCUCUAUCGCUGUCGCCGGCUCCCCCUGCGGUGUCGGCCCCGCUCCCUGCUCCGCCGCCCUCCUCCUCUCCUCCUCUGGCGCCUCCUCCGUUGUCGUCGUCGGCCGGGGCACCCCUCGUGAGCCACCCGUCUUCGCCGCUUCCCUCCGCCUCUCCUCCUCCCGUCGAGCCCCCGCAGCGGCAGCAUCCCCUGGUUCCGUCUAGGCCUGUUCCUGAGGCUCGCUUUCCUCCUCCUCGUGCCCGAUCUCCUGAGCUUCCUCCCGAUGCUCCUGACCUCGAGGACGGCGAGCGGUGGUGGAAUGGGGAGCUGUGGGAGUCCCCCCCCUAG